CAAAGCUUCAUUUCAAACCACACAUUCAAAAACGAACUCUGAAAACAAAAAAAAAACUUCAGAGCAGAGGAGAGAGAAGAGAAGAGAGAGAGAUCUAUGUCUAUAUCCAUGGCGUUGUUCUCUCCACCAAUCUCAUCAUCACUUCAAAACCCUAACCUCAUCCCCAAGAUCCCAUCCUCUCUCCUCUUCUCCUCCACCAAACGUUUCUCUCUCGUCUCCGUCGUCCCUCGUGCUUCCUCCGACAAUGGUACGACUUCACCUGUUUCCGCCACCGUCGCGGAGAUUCCGAAACCUGAGGCUGUGGCUGUAGAGGAAGCUCCCGUGAAACCUCCGGUUGAAAGCUCCUCCGCUUCUGAAAACGACGCCGUCGAGACUGACCCGAGCACAACGACGACUGUGAUCAAAUUCGAGAAUGCGAAGUGGGUUAAUGGAACUUGGGAUCUGAAACAGUUCGAGAAAGAUGGCAAAACAGAUUGGGACUCUGUAAUCGUUUCUGAGGCAAAGAGGAGAAAAUGGCUUGAAGAUAACCCGGAAACAACUAGUAACGACGAGCCUGUACUCUUUGAUACUUCGAUUAUUCCAUGGUGGGCAUGGAUGAAGAGAUACCAUCUACCUGAAGCUGAGCUACUCAAUGGUCGUGCUGCGAUGAUAGGGUUCUUUAUGGCUUACUUUGUUGAUAGCCUUACCGGAGUAGGACUUGUUGAUCAAAUGGGGAACUUCUUUUGCAAAACACUCUUGUUUGUGUCUGUAGCUGGAGUUCUGUUCAUCCGAAAGAACGAAGAUUUUGACAAACUCAAGGAUCUGUUCGAUGAGACAACGUUAUAUGACAAGCAAUGGCAAGCUGCAUGGAAAGAGCCUGAUUCAACGACAGUGUCUUCAAAGAAGUGAGCAAGCCCCGUUCUUACAUCUUUUGUUUUCCGCUUUCGAAAAUCUGUGAAUCAGUUAAAGUCUCUCUCUACUGAACUACUGAUCUUCCUCAGAUUUGUAAUCUUUCUGCUUUAAAAAAUCUCUCUGAAGUAGUCCACAAAGAAAAAUGUAUCGAAAAUUUAGGAAAAGGUCUUUGACUUUGUAAAGCAGACCUAUUCCGUUUUAACUAUUUGAUAAGUUGAUCAAUGGGAGAUUUUUUUUAAUGCUU